AUGACACGCCGCAGCGCCCGCCUCAACCCUACCGACUCAUCAUCACCAUCACAAUCAACAACAACAUAUUCAUCUGCAUCAACACCAUCGGUAACUCUCGCCACAUCGACAUCAACGGAACAACAACCUAAACCGGCUGUGAAAAGAAGAGGAAGGCCACCUGCGGCAGCUAAACAGAUGGAGUCUGCUCAGCGAGUGCAAGCGGAUGAGGAUGAACGUCGGCCACUUCUGGAUGGCGGCCAUGCUCAAGCCAGUAUUGCUGCCACCGCUGAGCCUAUGGGAAAGACCACUUGGGCAAGUCGUAAUCACUGGAUUGUGCUUGCCAUGGCUAGUGGAGCCUGUGCUGCGUUUAAUGGGGCUUUUGCGAAGUUGACAACUACGGAACUCACUUCAACCUUCUCCGAUGCUAUUGCCAGGCUGCUGCACCUUACUGAAGAAGAGAAGAUGAUUGAGGUUAUUGUUAGAGGUAUCUUCUUCGGACUGAACCUCGUGUUUAACGGUGUAAUGUGGACCCUUUUCACUCAAGCUCUCGCCCGCGGUCAUUCCACCACGCAAGUGUCCAUCAUGAACACCUCGAGCAACUUUGUCAUCACCGCCAUGCUCGGAUUUGUCAUCUUCUCCGAGGCGUUACCGCCUAUGUGGUGGGUGGGCGCCGCUAUGCUGGUUGUUGGGAAUGUCAUUAUCGGACGGAAAGAUGAGAGCGAAGGGACUAAAGACACGAAACAGGAUGGAGACGAUGGACAUGGUACUGGCAGUCGCAGUGGCAAUGGUGCUACUAAGUCCGUGGGUGCCUCGGCUGAAGGAUUGGCUGAGGAUGGGUUAGGGACAUAUAGGCGUGUUCCUGUUCAGGCUGAAGGAUCGGGGAGUCGUGGAAGACAAGAUGACGGGAUACUGGUGCAUGACGAUGUUGAGAAGGAGGACAGUGAUGAAGGUGUUGUGGGACGAUAA